AUGGCAACCCAACGCCCCCCAUACGCAAAACAAACACCACCAUCCCAAACCCGCCUCAUCUACCUAACAUCUUACAACCUCAUCUUCGCCUCCCUCUGGGCCUCCAUCUUCGUCCACGCAACAUCCCACGCCCUAACCUCUUCCCGCAUCGACCUCUUCCGUGCUACGGAACCCUAUGCCCGCUGGAUCCAAACAGCCUCGUUGCUAGAAGUGCUGCAUGCCGCUUUUGGUCUCAUCAAAUCCCCCGUCAGCACCACUGCCCUGCAAGUCAUCACACGCGUGAUCCAGGUAUGGAUGGUGUGGUUUUGUUUCCCUGCCAGCACCGCAUCGUCAAGCGCGUAUUUGGCGCUUUUGCUAGCGUGGUCGACGGCAGAUGCAAUUCGGUAUUUUUAUCUUGCGCUGAAUAUGCAUGGGAGGGCGCCUGGGUGGCUUGUUUGGCUUAGGUACACGAUGUUUUACCCGCUGUACCCAGUGGGAAUUGGAGCAGAGUGGUGGUUGUUGUAUCGGGCUGCUGAGCCUGCAGGGAGCAUUAACAGGCUGAUUCCACCGUUUUUCUACUUUUGCCUUGCGUUGUAUGUUCCUGGUUCGUAUACAAUGUAUACGUAUAUGAUGAAGCAGAGGAGCAAGACGCUCAAGUCUGCGAAGAAAAGUGUUUGA